AUGGACUUGAACCAGAAAAAGAAUACAGGGAAACUAUACAGUCCUGAGAUUAAAGCAUUCGCUCUUUCCCUUUAUUACGUCAGUGGAAAGGCAUACAAAUUGUUGUCAAAAUUCUUCAAGCUUCAAUCCAAAAGCAGUCUGAUGAAAUGGGUAGCUGCAUUUCCAACUGCUCCGGAGCUGACCCCAGCUGCAAAGGAAGCUCUAGCCAGAAAAGUCAAGAUUAUGAGCGAGUCCAGUAAUUUGUGUACUAUCACAAUGGAUGAGAUGGCCCUUAAGGCUGACCUGUUGUACGAUCCUGGUAAAGAUCAAGUCAUUGGUAUUGAAGGUGUUUUUUUUUUGAGAAGCAGCCUCAUUGCAACAUCUGCACUAGUCUUCAUGGCCCGUGGUAUAAAUGAAAACUGGAAGCAGCCCCUGGGAUAUCUUCUAGUCCAUGAAUCCUGCCUCAGUGAUAAGAAUUGUUGGACAUGA